GAUAAAAAUUCCAUUUUAUUGCCCCAUUUCAGUCCAAUCAAUUCCUUUCAUUCAUUGCAAUCAUUGAAAUCGCUGCCCAACAGAUCCAUGAAAUUCCCCUUUCCGUUUCCUUCCCACAGAUUUCUGGGAAGCCCGGAGCCACGCGGGUGAGCAGGGAAUGGCGGGACACAGGGAGCGGCUUCCCGCGGGGAAACGGGAGAUUUGGGGGGGAUCUGGGGAAGAGAUCCCUGCCUGUGAGGGCGGGGAUGGAUUGGAAUGGAAUUGCCAGGGAAGCUGUGGAUUCCCCAUCCCUGGAAGCGCCCAAGGCCGCGUUGGGAGGGGAUUGGAGCAGCCCGGAACAGUGGAAGGUGUCCCUGCCCAUGGAAUUGGAUGGGAUUGGAUGGGAUUUCGGCUCCUUCCAACCCAACCCAACCCAUUCCAUGGUUCCAUGAAAAUGUGGUGACCAAGCAGCCCUGGAACGGCACUUCUGGUCGUCCCAAAAUUCCACAGGGUCAGAGACAUCCCGGCCAAUUUGGAAUCCAGGCGUGAGCCUGGGUUGGGAUUGGGACACAAUUCCAGGGAGGAUGGAUGGAAAGAGAGUGAGGGAAUUGUGCCUGAGGAAGGACCUGGCCAGGAGAGCUCCGGGGUGUCCACAGGGCCAAGGAGACCCCUCUGGGAUCCCUUCCAAUCUCACCCACUCUGGGAUUUGGGGACUCAUGAAUUUGGGGAUUUGGGAAUGCCAUGACCCCUCGGUUCCUCAAUGGCCGCAUUCUCUGUUCUGGGGAAUGUUCAAAUUCCUUGUUGAACCCCCCCAGGGCCUCACCCACUGUGGGAUUUGGAGAUUGUAGGAUUCUGGGAUUCAGGGAUUAAUGGGCCUCAGUUCCUCAUUAGCCACAUUCCCUGCUCUGGGAAAUGUUACCAUUCCCUGCUGGCCAACACCAGGAUCUCACCCACUCAGCCUUUCGGGGAUUCAGAGAGUCUUGAAUUCUGGGGUUUGGGGAUUCUGGGAUUCAGGGAUUUGAGGAUUCAGGGGGUUUGGGUUUCCAGGAUUCAGGAAUUCUGUGGCCCCUCAGUUCCUCAGUGGCCACAUCCCAUAUUCUGGGGAAUGUUCAAAUUCCUUACAGAACCAUCCCAGAACCUCACCAACUGUGGGAUUUGGGGAUUUCAGGAUUUGGUGACUGUGGGACUCAGGGACUCACUGAUUCCUUGGCCCCUCGGUUCCUCAGUGGCCGCAUCCCCUGCAAUCCCCGGGAAUGUCCCAAUCCCUCGCGGAAGCCGCCGGGAGCUCCCGGGGCCGCUCCGCUCAUGGGAUCCUUCCCGUUCCCCGCAGUUCCCGUGGCACUGGAUCCCGAGGCGCGGCCCCUGGAUCCGUGGGAUCUGCCCUCUCCAUUCCGGGGCUGGGUGCUGGUGGCGAGGGACGCGCUGGGAGCCGGGAAGCGCUACUGGGAAGUGGAGCUGGGCCGGGAGCGGGACUGGGCGCUGGGAGUGAUUCGGUACAGAUCGAGCCUUCCCGGGCCACAUUCCUGGCAUUCCUGGCAUUCCCGGCAUUGCUGGGCUCUGUGCGCAUCCCAGGGACAGCUUUUCUCCAGCGGCAGCGGCAGCCGCCUGCUCAGGAAGCAGAGCCAGGGUCUCUCCACGCUCGGGCUGUUCCUGAACUCGGAGGAAGAGCGGCUGGAAUUUUAUGACGUGGAGCAGAGGGAUCUGGUGGCGGUGAUGUCGCUGGGCUCUGGAGACAAUCCCGUGGGAGGGUUCUUCCCGUUUAUAUCUAGAAUGCAAACGGGGACGCUCCGGAUCCGCCCGGUGCCGAUCCCAGUCCCACUGAAGAAACACCGUGGGGUCUGAGGGAGCAGGGGAAGGGCCCGUGGGAAGAAGGAAAGAAGUAAAAUGUUGAUGUCAGAAAUGGAAAAUUAACAAUGGAUAAAGUUGAGCCUGUGGAGUAAAACAGAGAUGGGAAGGAUGGAAAAAGGAGAGGAGAGGAGAGGGAGAGGGAGAGGGAGAG